UUGUGGACUCUGGGAGCGUUCAGGAAGGCAGAGAGCAGAUUUCCUGUUCAGACCCUACCUCAAAAAAAGAAAAACCUUAAGGGAGCAAGAGAACGAGGGGACGAGAGAGGAGAGACGGGAUGAGAGAGGGAGGGUCAGUAAUGUGUUAAGUGGAGGAGAAAAUACAGGCUGUAAUUUCUCUCCCCUCCCUGGAGCAAGAAGGAAAAAAAAGGAAGGAAAAAAAGUUUGAAGCCUCGUGUCUUGACCAUGAGUCGCAGUAAAACAUGGACGAGCUGAGAGGGACGGAGACGAGGCGUGAAAACGAGAAGCUCUGAAGGUCCAUCCAGCUGAGAAGAAAGUUUGAAGAGGAAGACGUCGAGAGGGGAGAAAGACGAGGGUCAGGAGGGGCUGAGGAGCGAAAACCGCCUACAGGAAACCGACUCAUCGAGUCUCUGAUUUACUUUUUCACUCCGCUUUUGUGUCUCUGAGGCUGAACAGAGGAGAGAAAAAAGUGUCCGAUGUGGGGAGUGACGUCAGCCUGGUGCCGCUGAGCUCCAGAAUUCCUCUCCCACUCUGAGACUCCGGACUCUCGGCCACCAUGUGAGCCCAAUGUGACUUUUUUUGUUCCAGAAUCUGUUUUUCUUUUUUUUUCUUUUCUUUUCUCCUCGGUUCUGUAAUUCCUCUUGGCUUAAGCACUCGUUCUUUCUGAUCUGGAUAAAAUCUUGAGCUCCUGAUGAAGAAUAAAGCUGCCAAGCAAAAGUCCAAGAGGAAAGGAAGUGAAAAUGCGUUCGGCUGUGACCUGACCGAGCACCUCCAGAACUCAGGACAUGAUGUUCCUCAGGUUCUGAAGACGUGCGCAGAGUUUAUUGAGAAGCACGGCAUUGUUGACGGAAUCUACAGACUCUCAGGAAUCACCUCCAACAUCCAGCGCCUCAGGCAGGAGUUCAGCUCGGAGCAGUGUCCUGACCUCACUAAGGAAGUGUAUCUACAGGACAUCCACUGCGUCGGCUCGCUGUGUAAGCUCUAUUUCAGGGAACUGCCCAACCCGCUGCUCACCUACGAACUCUACCAGAAAUUCACGGACGCCGUGUCGGUUAAACAGGAAGAUGAGCAGCUCAGAAACGUUCAGCGCGUCAUUGAAGAGCUUCCCAUCGCCCACUUCAGAACUCUGGAGUUCUUGGCGAAGCACCUGGCUCACCUGGCCACCCUCAGCCACCAGACCAACAUGCACACACGCAACCUGGCCCUGGUGUGGGCUCCGAACCUGCUCCGCUCGAAGGAGAUCGAGGUGUCGGCGUGUAACGGGGACGAGGCGUUUCUGGAGGUUCGGGUUCAGCAGUCGGUGGUGGAGUUCAUCCUGAAUCACACGGAGCAGAUCUUUAACCCCGGAGCCGAUCCUCCAAGACCACUGAAAGAAGGUGCAGCGGUAAUGUGUGUGGAGAAGUACGCGACACUGCCGGCAGUGAGUCAGUGUCCACCGAUGAAGCUGAUGAGUCUGGAGGAAGCUCAGGCUCGCUCGCUCGCUCCCAAUCACCCGGCGAGAAUCGAGCGACUCCGAGAGAACAGCCUUCCCGACACCAGCACCGCCGCCAUGUACCACACCGUUAUAGAGCUUAGUGAGAGCAAGAGGAAAUUCUCUGGAAAGUCGAAAAAGUGGAAAUCCAUCUUCAGUCUGGGUCGAUCCGUUGCUGACGGCAAAGGGAAACUGAGUCGCAAUGGGAGUGUGUUCAUGAGAGCGCAGAACAUCUCAGAGAAGACUGGGAUCCGGCCGUCCAAGAGCAUGGACUCCCUCUGCUCUCUGCCAACAGAUGAUGAUAAAACCGUCUCAGGAAGAGGAAAAAACGGAUUAUUCGCUCCUGUGGUGAAAUCCCGAACCCUAGGUUCGGAUAUCAACUACGAUCCGAAUGAACACGAUCCGAACUGGGACUAUGACUUGCGAAAAGCCAGAGGUGAACCCGGGAACAGCCCGAGCGUGAAAACAGGCCGAGGGGCUCAAAACGCCUCAUCGUCGUCAUCUUCUCCAUCUUCUUCGUCUUCCACGUCAUCUCCGUUACAGCGUGCUCUUCCUGAACAGCUGAAGGUGUUCAAAGGGGACGAGUUGUCCACGUGCCGGCCCACAUCCCCGAAAAACCGCCGGAUGUUGUAUUCUGGUUCCACGCACAACGGCUCAUCGAGGCCGUCUUUUCCAGGCAGCUUGUUCCCCUUGGAGUCAUCGCCGAGGCACCAACGUAAAGCGCUGAACAUCUCGGAGCCAUUCGCGGUGUCUGUGCCGCUGCGCGUGUCCGCUGUCAUCAGCUCCAACAGCACCCCCUGCAGGGUAGCAGGGAAAGAGCGGGAACGCAGUUUGGGAAGCUUGGGAAGUGUUAGCUUUAGAGAGCCACACCCCAGCAACAGUGGGAGCUUUGAUUUUCGAGACAGGGAGAGAUUAUUUGGGGGCAGAGAGAACCCGCUCGGCAACAGCAGCGGAUACGGUAUCUAUAGCAACAGCAGCUCCGUCCCCACAGAGGAGAGUCAAAUGAAUGAGAGGAGCACCGGGGUGGUCCCCUCCGAAACAGCAGCACGGAGCAGUGGUGUGGAGGUAAAGCCUCGUGUAGAAAUGUCAGAGAACUUAAUGCCAUCUGAGUCUAAAGCAAGAGAAAACCACAAAGAAACGCUUCAGUCCUCGGGGAAAGAACUGGACGCCUCAUCAAUGCAGCUCACUGAGCCAAAAAAACUGGACCAACUGGACGUUGAGUCGAUCAGUCCAGAGCUGUGGUCCGAUCAUGAGCUCAGGAUCACUGAGCCUGAAACACCAUUUUCAAAAGACCAACUGAAAACCAGUGGCUCUUUGAGCAAAAUAACUGGACAUGUUGCUCUGAAUCUUACUGCUCAAGCUAAAAGAAGAAGCAGUUUACCGACACACCCAGUGUCUUCUAAGGAACACUUUAAAGACAUCAUAAAAGGUCUCAUGGUGGACCAUUCAGGUGCUACACUUUUUAACAUGGCGUCGAAGCUUUCGCCGGAAACGCCAACCAAACACGAUGCUGACUGGAAUUACCUAGACACUGAUCAAAUGGAUCACAAGAGCUUGGAUUCGUUUGAGUCGCUGGACAUGAUGGCAAACAAGAUGCAGCUUUCACCGUUCCUUCAGCUGAAGGAGACAGAUAUUCUCCAAGAUGCUGAUCCCUGGCCUUCAGUUUCUUCACCUGAAGAUCCUUCAGCCAAGGAAAAGAAUGACGCCAUUGCUUAUGGUUCUUGUCUUGAUAACAAACCAUGUGGUAAAGUUCAUGAUUUAUCUCCAGACAAGAAUGUAGUAGACUUGCCAAAGAAGCACAAUGACAAUAAAAAUGACAAGAAGACAACUAACAGUAUUAGUGUUAAUUUAACAACCAAAGUAAAUGGUAACAUUACAAGGCUUUCGAAAUGCUUUGAUGAAAGACGCCUCACUAUAGAAAUUCAAAGUCAAGAUGAUGACGAUAUUUGGGGGAGUCAUUUGGCAGGACUGGAUCAGGUGGAGCCCUGGGAAGACUUGGGCACCGCCCAACAGUGGGUCACAAGCCCGCUUCACUCAACAAAACUGGAAGAUCUUUUCCCUCUGUUCAAAACACCAGAACCAGCUUCAGGAUCUGAAAUCAAAACUGAGUCGAAUGACAGUCACCUGCAAAAAGACAAGAAGAUUAUAGAUGAAGAACCUACAUCAGGGAAAGUACCAGAAAAUACAGCCAUAACCCCUGAACCUGAUCUUGAUCUCUCUUCCAAAGUCAAAAAGGCAGAUGAAUCGGGUCAUGAAAAUAUAACUGAGCUCUUACUUGGUGAUAACUUUGAAGACCCUAGAGACAAAGCGGAGAUGAAACAGGACCUUCCACAGCCUGCACAAACCAAGACUUCCAUCCACCAGGAGGAGACUACCAGAAUCCCAAAGAGAACCAGUGGUGCUAUAAAACCAAAGACUUCAGUCUUUUCUCAAAAAUUUCACCGGCAAGUGUCUCACGAGCCCUGCAUCGCAGAGAGGAACGAAGAAAAUAUUGCUCCAAAACACAGACCAUACUCCCUUAACCUGGAUUUGGGAAACCGGUGCAUCAGGGACAUCUCGAAUCAGCAGAACCUUGAUCUUGUAGACCAUUCCUUGUUACAAAGGGGGGCUAUAACCCCUUCUGGAACAAAGCAUGAUGGGUUGUCUCUGGAACUGGAGAUGUUCCUAAGGGACCGACAAGCACCCAUGCGACGCAACUCUGCGCCAGUUAGUGUGUCUUCAGUGCGCACUGCAUUCAUGAUCAAAACGUGUCAAGCCAAAGCAGUCCCUGUUAUACCUCCAAAAGUCCAGUAUAGCCACAUACCACAUCCAGUUCAUCCAGAGAAGGGCGGCCACGCCCAUGAGCAGGACAAAAGGGAAAGUGGACCUCAGAAGAUCAAAGUCGAGAAAGCAGAUUCUUUACCUCCUCUCCAAGCAGUAAAAGAUUCCAAAGAGGAAAGGGAAAAUUGCAAACCAGUCACAAGGAUCCAAAGACAGGCGUCCAUGGAAAAACCACCAGAGAUGAUCAAGGCAGCACCUGCCCCUGAGUUUCCUGUACUGAGGAGAAAGCGAUCUGCCAAUGGUGACUCCUUUAUGGAUUGCCCCAGGCCAGAAAGAUCCACCUUACUUCAAAGGUCUUCCUUCCGGAAUCGUCCAAGGCCUCAAAGCCUGAUUCUCUUCAGUCCUCCAUUUCCUAUCAUGGAUUAUCAUCCAACAGGGGAUGAUGGAAAACUUGUCCUGUCCCCCCUUAAGAGUCCUGCUGAAACAUCUCCUCUUGAUGUCCUCGCUAAGGAGCUCACAGAGAACCUUAAAACCCCUGACGGGGUCACCCUACGAAGCAAGAUGACUUUGCCGAAGAGCGGACAGAGAUUGGAAACCUCGACAAGCUGCUUUUACCAACCCCAGAGAAGGUCUAUGGUUUUCGACAACAGGAGCAGUCGGCAGAUCGAGUGAGCCAGCUGUCUGUUAGACUCGUAAAUGUUCACGUCAGAGCUCGAGAACAGUUGCUGAAUGUAAUACGUUUCUGUUUAUUUUCUGCACCAUAUUCUUCUUGCUGACCAAACAUUCUCAACUAACUAAGGUGCCAUUUAAUUCUACAGGCGAUAAAUGUAAAAAACUGUUUUUCUUGUAAAAUGCUGCUGCUAAGGAACUUUAUCAUAUCAAGGAGCCCUUGAAAAUAAAUGAGAAGCAUUUUUUUAAGUGACAUAACAUUAAAAACCUGUUUAGGGCUAACUGCUGUACAUUUCUGGCUCACGUGGGCUUGAAAUAGUGAAGAUGGUCAAGAUGAAGUUCCACUGAAUUAUAAAGAAGUGUUACAUGGUUCAAGUAAUCAAAUAAUUCAGGGAAUUUUUUUGUUGUCUGGGUCAGAUUUCUAAAUAGUAUUAAUAUUAAAUCUUGAGACAUGUAUAUUUAAUUCUUCCUUUCAUACCCAUUUCAGGGAUUAUGGGAUGGGAGCCAAAAUCCGAUUGGAUAACUGAUAACUGAAAUUAAAUGGAAUGAUGAUUUUUUUAAAAAAAUCCUGCUUAUAGUGUUAUGUCAUCUCAGUGUUUUAAAGGGAUCCUCCAGCAGAUUGAUUUUCAAACUUAUUUUAUGUAAAAUUAGUCAUAGAUUUCAAAUAUCAAACUUUCAUUUUUGGAGACCAAAUAGUUUUUGAUAAAAAUGCAAUUUUUUUUUUUUUAGAAUACAGGAUGUGCUUCCCGUGGUAGUGACGUAUACGAUGAUGUCGGGUAGCGGUCGCUUGCAACGGCUUCAGCCGCCUCAGUGUGUUUUUAGUACGAAAUCUCUCCUAAGUGCAUGUUCUCCCCGUGUCCGCGUGGGUUUCCUCCGGGUGCUCCGGUUUCCCCCACAGUCCAAAGACAUGCAGGUUAGGUUAACU